GAUACCGGAGGUCUCCAGCUGCUAGGUUAACAACAAUCAUUGAUCUCGGGUCGAGCGGGGACUGUCCCUAUGUCCACUGAGUCACGUGACCAGGCCACUGCGAUGUCAUUGGUCGAACGAGAGUGUGAUGAUGUCAUAGACAGUAUGGUUGCCGCCGUAGCCAGUAGUGGAGACGAAGAGACCGAGGAAGAGGGAGAAAAGGGCGAGGUCGCUGAAGAAGAAAAAGCAGUGACACUGGUGACGUCUUCCGAGUUGCCAGUAACAUCCACCUGCACAUCCUUUCCAACCGCGGAUGAAAUGUUCCUCGAUAAGCUACCUGCAGAACUCUUUUAUGACUAG